AUGCCGGCCUCGACUCGAACCACGACUGCGUCAGAUUGCUGUGUGUGCCUGACGUUAGCACCCGGCAGUACUUCCGAGGUACUUGCGGUUGCGUGGGCGCUGUGCGGGGACGGAGGUACCCGUGUGGUUCUCCGCCUCGUCCAGUGCACGUCAUGGCGCCCUUUGCUUCUUCAGCUCUUCAUCGUUUGUUACCUUAACUGGACCACCUCCGCCCAUUAUUACCCCCAUUCGCUGGGACCUCGAGCCGAGAGUUGUUUACGUGAGACGCAUUCCUCAGUCCACUGUUUUGGAUUAGUGUCGCUCCUUGCGCCCGCAGCUCCUGAGCUCGGCCUCAACCGUCCCCACAACGGCGUGACAGGUGCAUGGCUGACCAUCGAUAUUGAAUGCGUGCGACGUGCCUAUCGACCGACACCGUCACGGUAG